AUGACCACUGCUAUCUUCUUACUAAUUGAUAUCCUGGCCGGAAUCGUGGUGAAGUGUCAAGCGACUAACUGCCAAUGGGCUUGGGUCGCACGGGAAUUAGGAACCAGUCGCCUGCGCAUCUACGACGGCAAACCACCGUCGGUUCCCCAUCAUGGCGGCUCCUCGAACCUGACUCCGGUGGCGUGGGCAAAUUUCCAAAAUGACAUCCCGAACAGCGGCUGGUCCUACCUGGAAGUGGAAUCAAGCCCGAACGUCCCGGAUGAAGUCCAGGCUUACGCCGCCGGUGCCCUGGAAGCGCACCUAACGCGCAAGCUCAUAGACGCCCAGUGGGAGAACGUAUUUGCUCACUACUGCGAUAACCAGACCAAAUAUUGCACAAAACUGUACGAUUUCCUCGAGAAGAACCUCGAGUACUCGAGGCGGAACGAGAAGCGUCUGAGAGCCGUUGAUCCAUAUUGGAAUUUGGUACACAUCCAAAUGCGGCAAAUACGUGGUUUGAGUGAUGCCUUCGAUAACGUGCCUCUUGACGCGUCGAGGGAGGUUACAAAUGUCACCAGAGCUCUACUUUUCAGCCUUAUCGGAGAUUUCAUCGACCUUGAAGCAGCGCUGGGGCGCACUCCAGAUAUAGGCUCCCUGAACGUGGUACCAGCCUGCACGGCGUUCGUGAAAGUCGUCGGUGAUAACGAAGACCUCUACGUGGCCCACAAUGCCUGGUUCCUGUAUAAGAGCAUGCUGAGAAUUCAGAAGAAGUACACGUUUCCCUGGCACUAUACCGCGUGCUAUAUUUCAGAUGGUAUUAUUCCUGGCCACACAAUUACGAUGUCCUCCUACCCCGGAAAACUGGUUUCCAUGGAUGACUUCUACCUGACGUCAGCUGGCCUGGCCGUCACGGAGACAUGGGUGGAGAGCGGCAACCCAGACCUGUGGCAGCUGCUCGACCCAGAGGCGGCGCCGCUCACCUGGAUGCGUGCCUUAGUGGCGACGAGGCUUGCUACGUCCGGACGUGAAUGGGUCGACCUAUUCGGGAAGAAGAACAGCGGAACGUACAACAACCAGUAUGUCAUAGUCGAUUACAAAUUGUUCAAGCCUGGAACCGCCAUCGUGAAAGACACGCUGUGGAUCAUCGAACAAAUGCCCGGAAUCAUGCGGCAAAAGGACGUCAGUGAGAUACUCCAAAAACAGAAGUACUGGCCCAGCUACAAUGUUCCGUACUUUGAGGACGUAUUCAUUAUAAGCGGUCAAGCAGCGCUGGUGGCACAGUAUGGUGACUACUUCACCUACGAUAAUAAUCCCAGGGCAAAAAUAUUCAGGAGAGACCAUGUCAAAGUCACUGACACGGACUCCAUGAUGGCGCUGAUGAGGUACAACGACUACACCCGCGACCCGUUCUCCCGCUGCAACUGCACUCCGCCGUACAACCCAGUGUACGCCGUAUCAUCCCGCUACGACCUGCUUGACCCACACGGAAAAUACGACAUUCCUAAAAUGUACCGACGGCCAGUCGGUGGCAUGGACACGAAGCUCACCAGCUAUGAAAGGUUCCAGAAGCUGCAGUUCUUCGGAGUCAGUGGCCCGAGCUGGGACACGCAGCCGGUGUUCCAGUGGAGUACCAGUGGAUUCCCGGACAGUCACGUUGGUCACCCCGACCGGUGGGAGUUCGGUCCAGUGCUGCACACGUGGGGAUCCUGCAAGUAGUCACGUGGCACAAACUAGCC